AUGCCAUCAAUUGCACGGCGAGCUUGCUUGACGCGGCUAAUGAUCAGUCCCGCAGUCGCACGUAGGAGUAUGGCGACAGUACGGUCUGCCUUGCCGCACGAACAGAGAACGCAGGCCGAGCCGCGGGAGAGCGUGCUUGAACCAGUGAUAUUGGCGAACAUAAAAGACGUCAACGACAAUAUCAGGCUCUUGCGACUGAAUGCAGUAGAUGCAGCCCAUACGAUCAAGUUCCUGCCCGGACAAUGGAUCGACACCUUCAUUCCUGGGCUAACAUCCGCAGGCGGCUUUACCAUAACCUCGACCCCCAGCCAAGCUAGACCCUCCAAUCACUAUCCGCCUUUCCUAGAGCUCGCGAUACAGAAGAGCGCCAACCCACCAGCGAAAUGGUUAUGGCGACCUGAAGACGAGAUCCUCGGCAGUCAGCUCGUGGUCCGCGUCGGCGGCUCAUUCACAUAUCCCCCUCCCAGGCUCGACGUCAGGCAGGUAGACCGGCUGGUCUUCGUGGCCGGAGGCGUCGGCAUCAACCCUCUGAUAUCCAUCUUUUCCCAGCUGCUCAGAAAUCAUCCAAGCACCCGGCCGCGAGAGAUGCAUUUCCUCUACGCCACCAAAGCAGACUCUGAGCUUGAUACACAGAAGAUUCUGUUCCUGCCUCGACUUAUGGACCUGGUGGCGGCAGUGGCAGAUCCCAACGUCACGUUGAGCCUUUUUGUGACCGGUACUGGCGAUAGCGGCGCCAUUGAGCAUGGCAGACUUCCAAACCGUACCUUCGGCAGACGACUACGUGAGGAAGAUCUUCGCAGUGCCAUCGAUGGUCAUAAGCAGAAUGUGUUUGGUGCCCAGCACGAUCGACAGAGAACGCUUUGCUAUGUUUGUGGUCCGCCGAGCAUGACCGACGAGAUUGUGCAGUUCCUGAGCAGAGAAGAAGGCAUGUCCGAGGCGAGGGUCUUGUGCGAAAAGUGGUGGUGA